AUGGUUGUUGAAGUCGUCCUGGUGACGUCAAACGCACAUCGCCAGUGCCUUUCUCUUUCUUUCUUUCUUUCUUUCUUUCUUUCUUUCUAUAUAUUUAAUCUUUCUUUCUUUCUAAUUUAUUCUUUCAUUCUUUCUUUCUCUCUAUCUUCCUUUCUUCCUUCCUUCCUUCCUUCCUUUUCCUUCCUUUCAAACAAAACUGCCACAUUCUCUUUUUACAUAAUCAUUCAUUCUUUCUUUCUUUCUUUCUUUCUUUCUUUCUUUCUUUCUUUCUUUCUAUAUAUUUAUUCGUUCUUUCUUUCUUUUCAUAUAUUUAUUCUUCCAUUCUUUCUUUCUUCCUUCCUUUUUUUCAAAACCACCAUAUUCUUUCUUUGUAUAUUCAUUCAUUCUUUCUUUCUUUGCACGUUUUUCUUUCUUUCAUCAUGCAUGUUCGUUUUUCUUUCUUUCACAACGAUCUUUUUCUUUUUUAUAGAUUAUGCCUCUCUUUCUUUUUCUUUCUUUCUUUCUUUCUUUCUUUCUUUCUUUCUUUUUACAUUAUCUAUCCACAGAAAAAUAUGCAAUUUCUACAAUUAUUUCUUUAAGUACGUAGGUGCAUUUUCUCUUUUACAAAUGAAAGCCAUAUUCCGUUUCUUUUUCUUUUACUUUAUUCAGACAUUUUUUUCAUUUACUUUAUUUUCUUAUUUUAAUUGCUUUUUCACCGACUUUUAUCUACACUUACCUUCAUUCAUUCACUGUUUUUCUUUCUCUCUAGUUUUUCCUUCACAUUUUUUUAAAGGUCUUUAUUUUAUUCUUCAUUUUUACCCAUCACAUCUGAUUUUUUUCCCUCUUCUUUCUUCCCUGCUAUUCAUCUCUCAUUCUUUGCUACAUUUCUUUCUCUCAUUCUUUUCUCUCUCUUCUUUCAGUCAUUUCUUUCUAUCAGUCUUCCCUCCCCUUCCCUCUCUUUUUACGUCUUUCUUUUAUUCCUCUAGUUCUUUCUCUCAUUCUUUUUUCAAAUUCAAUCCUCUCUUUCCUCUCUUCCUUUUUCUCAUUGUUUUUAAAGUUUCCUAUUUCUUUUUUUUUCUCCUUCUCUUUCUUUUCUCUCACUCCUUCCUUGCUUUGUUUAUAUUUCUCUUUUUUUUUAUAUUUCUUUCCUUCUUUUCUUCUCUCAUUCCUCACUUUUCUUCCAACUGUUUUCUUCUGUAUAUUCUUCAUUCUUUUCUCUGCUUCUCUAUUCAUUCUUUGCAUCUUUUCUCCUGCCAUUGGUCUACUCUUUUCUUUUCUUCCCUUCUUUCUCUCGUUCUUUUUCUCUCUUCUUCUCCUUUUCUCGUCCCUUCUCUCAUUUUAUUUAUAUUUUGUCUCACUCUUAUUCAUUCUUUUUUCGUUUAUUUCUUCUUUCAUUUUUUUUUUUAUUUCUUUCUUAUUUCGUUCCAUUCCCUUCUUUUUUUGUUCCCUGUCAGUUCUUAUCCAAUGUCUUCCCAUCUCUCAUUCAUCUCACUCUUGAUUCUCUUCUUCUUGUUUUCAUUCAUCCUCUUCUCUAAUUUUUUCCUUCUCUCAUUCCUCUCUUUCCCUUCUUAUAUUUAUUGUCUUCUCUCAUUUCUUCUUCUUUUUCUCCUCCUCCUCCUCCUUCUUCUUCUUCUUCUUCUUCUUCUUCUUCUUCUUCUUCUUCUUCUUCUUCUUCUUCUUCUUCUUCUUCCCUUAUUUUGUUUUCUUUCCCCAGUCUUUCCCUGCUUUUUCUUCAUAUCUGUCUUCUCUCAUUCAUUGUAUUCCCAUCUUCUGUCAUUCAUCUCUCACCUCUUCACUCAUUCCUCCCUUCUUCUUCUUCUUCUUCUUCUUCUUUUUCUUCUUCUUUUUCUUCUUCUUCUCGCUGAUUUCUCUCUUCCUAUUUUCCUUUCUUUCUUUCUCUUUUCCAUCGUUCUUUUCAUAACAAGCCUUUCUUCAUGA